CAAAACCACACCAUGAUUAGAAACCCGGCGCAAGGAGAUCAUAUCACGUCGAAUACUUCAUACAACGACGCCAAUGUAGCAAGGCCAAAUCAAGCCGGAAAGCUUAUAAACAACAACAACAAUAAUGAUCGUAGUACGAAGGAAAUGAUGGACGAAUUGUCGUUUCGUCUAAGAAACAUGUCCGAUAAUAAUCCCCAUCCUCAUCCUCCUCUUCCAAUAAUAGACGAUAUUGAUUCUCCAACUGAAGAUUCGGUUCAUCGUUCUGAUUCAUAUACAUCACGUAUAUUUUUUGGUGCUUCACCUUCAACACAACAAAUGUCUCCAUUAACAAGAUCCCCAUGGCAAUCUUACGUUGAAAGAUCAGCCCCGGAUUCGUCUGACACCGGCUCUAACUACACUGGUUUAAUGGCUUCCCUUGUUCGAGAAGAAGGGAAUAUAUAUUCGUUAGCUGCAACCGGUGAUUUGUUAUAUACCGGCUCGGAUAGCAAGAACAUUCGUGUUUGGAAAAACCAUAAGGAAUUUUCUUGGUUUAAAUCGAAUAGUGGUUUGGUUAAAGCCAUUGUGAUUGCGGACGAAAAAAUAUUUACUGGUCAUCAGGACGGAAAGAUUAGAGUUUGGAAAGUAUCCGUAAAGAACCCUAGUGUACAUAAAAGAAUUGGGACAUUGCCAAAUUUCAAAUCCAUUUUUAAAAAAUCCAUGAAACCAAAAAACUAUACCGAAGUUAGAGGCAACCAUAAACAAAUAUGGAUUAAACAUUAUGACGCGAUUUCUAGCCUUGCAUUGAGUGAAGAUCAAUCCCUUCUUUAUUCGGGUUCUUGGGACAAGACUAUUAAAGUUUGGAGUGUAUCAGAUUUUAAGUGUUUGGAGUCUAUAAAUGCUAACGAAGACGCUAUCAACUCGGUUGUCACAGGAUUUGAUGGUAUGGUUUUUUCAGGAUCCGCGGAUGGAACAGUUAAGGUUUGGAAAAGGGAGUAUCAAGGGAAGAGAACUAAGCAUUUUUUUAUAGACAAUUUAUUGAAGCAAGAAUGUGCCGUGACAUCUUUGGUGAUUAACGAUACCGGGACAGUGGUCUAUUGUGGUUCAUCGGAUGGUUUUUUGCAUUUUUGGGAGCGCGACAAGUUGUUGGCUCGUGGAGGGCUUUUAAAAGGACAUAGACUCGCAGUUUUGUGCUUGGUGUCAACGGGGAAUUUGGUUUUUAGCGGUUCAGCUGAUACAAACAUUUGUGUGUGGAGAAGGGAAGAAGGGGGUGAGCAUAAGUGUUUGCAUACGUUAACCGGACAUACUGGACCAGUGAAGUGUCUAGCCGUGGAGGAUGAGCGGAUGCCAGGAGCAUCACGCCAUUGUAGUAAUAGUACUACUAACAGGGUUCGGACAUUGUAUAGUGGUAGUUUGGAUAAGUCGGUAAAGAUAUGGAGGGUAUCAACACAAACCACGGAAAUGGAUCAGAACCAACAAGCACCAUUUGCGCAACACCAUCGGCCAGGUAGCUCUUCGCGACCUAGAAGCUCUUCCGGACAAAUGUUUUCACGCUUACGAGAGUGAUCAUGAG